AGAGCACACGCGCUCCUCACCCAAUUCGCAUCACCUUCUCCUUCUCCUUCUCCUUCUUCUUCUUGCGAUCUCUCUUCUGCUCUACUUCACAGAGACAUCCCGUCCACAAUUCAGACAAAUUUAGAAUUCGCGGAGCUCUUUCUCUUCCAUGGCUUCGUGGGUCAGAGGCCGCUGCAUCGGCAGAGGAUCUUUCGGUACGGUCUGCCUCGGCUUCCACAAGCGAACCGGUGAGGUUUUUGCUGUCAAGUCCGUCGACACCGCUUCGUGCCUUCCCCAUCAAAUCGAGUCCUUGGAGAACGAGAUUCGGAUCCUCCGCUCGCUCCCCCCGUCGCCUCACGUGGUCGCGUACCUCCGCGACGACGUCACCUCCAGCGACGGUCCCGCGAAGAUGACGUGCCGGAACCUGCACAUGGAGUACGUGCCCGGCGGCACCGCCGCUGACUUGGCAGCCCGCCGUGGAGGCAAGUUCUCCGACGUGGACGAGGCCGUCGUCAGGUCGCAAGCCCGGUGCGUCGUCUCUGCUCUGCAGCAACUGCACUCCCGAGGCAUUGUGCACUGCGACGUCAAGGGGACGAAUAUUCUGGUGGGUCAGGAUCCAAGAUCGGCGAAGCUCGCCGAUUUCGGCUCGGCAAUCAGAAUUGGCGAAUCAGGGGAUAGCAUCGCACCACGCGGGAGUCCCCUGUGGAUGGCGCCAGAGGUGAUCCGCGGCGAGUGCCAGGGCCCCACCAGCGACGUCUGGUCUUUGGGUUGCGCCGUCGUGGAGAUGGUCACGGGCCGGCCCCCGUGGGAGGAUCACGGCGUUGUCGACACGCUAAGUCGGAUAGGGUACUCGAGCGAGAUACCUGAGUACCCGGCCCAGCUGUCGAAGCAGGGCCGCGACUUCCUUGACAAGUGCCUGAGGAGGGACCCGGAGGCGCGGUGGAGCUGCGAUCGGCUGCUGCAGCAUCCAUUCUUGCAGAAGGACGCGAUGGCGGACUCGUCCCCGCGGGGCGUGCUCGACUGGGUCAGCUCGGAAAUCGAAGAAGACGAGGAGGAGGAUGGUGGGGACGAGGUGGGCGUGAAUUCAAAUUCCAUCUCCGACGAGGACGUGGCCGAUGCCAGGGCUAGGAUUGGUAAACUGAGCUCGAGAAGAGGGGCGAAUUGGGAAUCGGAGGGUUGGACGGUGGUGAGGAGGAAUCGAGAAUGCGAGCGUGAGGCGGAGGAAGAGGCGGGGACAAGCUCGCAAUAUCGCGAAACGUCGGGGGUAGAAUUGGGGAAUGGGAGCGGAAUUGUGGAAUAUUCAAAUUUUAGCGGCAUGCUUUUAGCGACGGAGGCCCAGUGCAAUAGCUCGUCGUCGAGUGGGGAUGGGUCGGAAGAGGAGGGCGGCGGCGGUUACUUAGCUGUAGGGGAAAAGGGAAUGGGCUUUUACAGCUCGCGUGGUGCGGUGGCGUUGUUAUUACAUUAUUAUUGCCAUUGUUUGUUGAGAAUCUUGUCGCGGAAUAUACUUUUGCUUUUCUGUUAUUUCACAUUCUCUCGCUUUUCUUCUUCGACUGAAAACUGGUGCGUUCACGAUCGAUCAGCAUGAGCCAC